AUGGAGGCAGCCGCCGAUCACGAACCCGCUAUGUCAGUCCACAACACCACCGUGUUAAUCAUCGGCGCCGGCCCCGCCGGCCUAGCCACCUCCGUCUGCCUCUCCAAGCUCUCCAUCGCCAACACAAUCCUCGAGAAAGAACACGUCGCUUGCUCCCUGUGGAAAACCCGCGCCUACGACCGCCUCCGCCUCCACGUCGCCAAGCAAUACUGCCACCUCCCCUUCGCGCCACCUCACUCGCCCUCCCUCCCGACCUUCAUGUCCAAGGACCAGUUCGUCGCCUACGUGGACACCUACGUGUCCACGUUCCGCAUCCAACCCACGUUCGGCCGCCACGUCACCAGCGCGGCUUACGAUGCCGGGACGGGGAAGUGGAGGGUGGAAGCGCAGGCCGCGGGUGGAAGGAGGGAAGCCUACGUGGCGGAGUUUUUGGUCGUGGCGAGCGGGGAAAACGGAGGGUUUGACGGCGUCACGGUUCACUCCAGCGGGUACAGAAACGGGUCGGGUUUCUCGGGGAAGGACGUGUUGGUGGUCGGGUGCGGGAAUUCGGGUAUGGAGAUCGGGUUGGAUCUGUGUAACCACGGAGCACGUGUCUCUAUUGUGGUGAGGAAUCCGUUUCACGUGGUGACGAGGGGAAUGGUGCAUUUGGGAAUGCAAAUGAUGAAAUACAUGAAGAUGGAGUACGUGGACUCGGUCGUUGCCUCCAUGGCGAACUUGUACUACGGUGAUUUGUCCAAGUAUGGGAUUCGCCGCCCCUCCGACGGACCUUUCACGUACAAGUCCACCGCCGGCCAGACUCCCGUCAUCGACGUCGGGACCAUCGACAAAAUCCGCGCCGGACAAAUUCAAGUAGUUCCAGGAAUCAAGAGAGUGAAGGGAACGAGCGAGGUGGAGUUCGCGGAUGGAACGACGCGUCGUUUUGAUGCCAUUGUGUUCGCUACUGGUUACAGAAGCUCUGCAAAUAGUUGGCUCAAGGACUUCAGGUACAUAUUUAACGAGGAGGGGACGCCGAAGAAUCGAACGCCAGACCACUGGAGAGGAGAGAAUGGGAUCUACUGUGCUGGAUACUCGAAGAUGGGUAUUAAUGGAAUUUCCAAUGACGCCGAAGCAAUCUCUCAAGACAUCAUGCGCCAAAUUAUGAAGAAGAACUAA